AUGAAAGUUAUAUGCGCGGGUAUGAAUAAGACCGGAACUAAAUCAAUCUCCGAAGCUUUACGACAACUUGGAUUUACGGUCUUUGAUGCAGUUCCACAACAAUUACUUGAUUUCUUGGAUCACUGGGUUGAUGUUUUUCAAAAUGGCACCCAGCCAGAUGUGAAACGAGUCUACCAGAAUGCAGAUGCGGUGGUGGAUAUACCUGGAAACCUUUUCUGGGAGGAAAUAUUGGAAACUUUUCCUGACUGUAAAGUAAUUUUGAGCGAACGAGAUGAAGAUUCUUGGAUACAAAGUUGGGUAAACCAACUUGAAAUGAUCCAGGCUGCUCGCGUGGGAAUAAAAGCAUUUAUAGCGUACAAGCUAUCGCAAACUGCUAGAAAGUUGAGGUACGUUGGCGACUCUUGUUUUACGGCGUUACUUGGUUCUACGAACCCCAAGUCCAAUUGUGUUUUCAGAAAGCGAUAUCGUAUGCACAAUCACCGUGUCAAGUCCAUUGUACCACCUGAAAGGCUACUUGUGUUCAAUGUAAAACAGGGAUGGAAACCGCUGUGUGAUUUCUUGGGCUGCGAGGUCCCAACAUCUGCCUUUCCACAUGAAAAUAUCAAAGGAGAAAUCCUCACAAAACCAGUGAAAAUGGAACGAUUACGUCAGCAGGUGAGUUCGGAAGUUCGGAAAGGAUUUUUGGGGAUCCUCUCUGUAAUCGUGGUUAUUGUAGCUUCAAUUGUUGCAGUAUGUUAUUGUUCAUUUUUUGAAUUGGAUCAGAACCUUGGAAAACACGGCUGACCAAGGUAGUCAAGGUACAGAAAACUUUAUACCACUUUCGGUGGUACAGUAUGAGACCAAGCAUUUUGUACAUUUUGCUUCCCUUAUCCACCGUGUUCUCGGUUUUCGGAAAUCUAAUUAUUGGAUUGCUAACUCAUUCAUUCCACCAUUCACCAAACCGCGAUAUCUGACCUUCUUAACCACAUGAAACCAAAGGCCACCCUGCCUCCAGAGGUCCGUUGUCAAAAUACCUAAUAUGAAAUAAACCGUGCUCAAAGUUUGAUAUCGGUAAGAAAAAAAUAUCCUGUGGCACCCAGGGUAACCAAAGGCAUGCACCAAUGGGUUUCAUUGUUUUAACCGCACCCAAUAUCAUAACCUGCGUAGCAGGCAUUCGGGCAACAACAACAAGGAACGCAAACUCCGCAAAAGGUCACGCUUACCAAGUUCGUUCUCAUGCCUGCUACACAGUACAGCCUACCAAUAUCACAAAGGUUAGCACUCAUCUCAACCUAUCACAAUAUAAGGCCUAGAAAACUUACACAGAUACGACCGACUCAAGUCGACGAUUUGCCCUUAGGCGGCCAGUGCAGCCACAGUAAUUCGCGUAAUCAAUUAACGUCACGCGACUGUAUAAAACUUCACCUUUAAUCCUACCAAUGUCAUUGUAGAGACACAAGUGACCCACACAAAAAGAGGCAAUAUGAAGGUUAUAUGCGCGGGUAUGAACAAGACUGGAACUAAAUCAAUCUCCGAAGCUUUACGACAGCUUGGAUUCACGGUCUAUGACUGGGAAGAACAACUGUUCGAUUUUCUGGAUUACUGGGUUGGCGUCUUCCAAAAUGGCGCCACGCCAGAUGUGAAGCAAAUCUACCAGGAUGCAGAUGCAAUCGUGGAUAUGCCUGGAAACCUUUUCUGGGAGGAAAUAUUGGAAGCUUUUCCUGAUUGUAAGGUGAUUUUGAGCGAACGAGAUGAAGAUUCUUGGAUACGAAGCUGGGUCACUCAACUAGAAACAAUAAACGAUGUUCGAUCACGCACCGCAAAUAUGUUAUCGCAAACCUGCACAACGGUAACCAACGUUGCGCACUGUAGUCUAAUUGCUUUGUUUGGAUCCAUGAACCCCAAGUCCACUUGUGUUUUCAGGAAGAGAUAUCGUAUGCAUAAUCACCGUGUAAAGUCCAUUGUACCACCCGAGAAACUACUGGUGUUCAAUGUAAAGCAAGGAUGGAAACCGCUGUGUGAUUUCUUGGGCUGUGAGAUUCCGACAUCCGCUUUCCCCCAUGAAAAUGUUAAAGGAAGACUCCUCAAAGAAAUCUUUCAAAAGACAAGAUAUGGGCAGCAGGUGCAACGGGAAAUUCAGAAAACUGUCUUUGUGAUCGUUUCCGUUAUCGUUGUUAUUGUAGCUUCAUUGUUUAUACUUUGUUUAUACUGUUAAUUGAACAACAAUCUUGUCAUUUCGACAAACCUUGAUUCUUUUGGUUAUAUAGUACCAAUCAUAAGGACUAUAACGUUAUUGCAAUCAUGCACAACUCUUGGCACAAACUAUUUUUUCCUCGAAUUGCAAUCUUAAUAAAAGCGAAGAUGACGAACACUGAAUGUGCUGCGAUAGAGAUUAACUAUGUACAUCAUCAUCAUCAUCAUCAUCAUCAUAAUAACAAUAAUAAUAAUUUAAUGAUAAUUAUUAUUUUUUUAUUUCAAGCGUUUAUUGAUCUAAAAAUAACUCAGUGAAACUCAAAAACCAUCUGGACUUGACUCGAGGAUGGCCUGUGCUUGGUUUGUAGCUGAUUCGCUCGGGCCCGCUUUUGAUUCGUGAAAUGCCCGGGGGUAACUCCCAUGUAAAAGCGACGGGGACGCUUGUCGGAAAAUCCCAUUGAUACUUUUGUUGAAAUAUGAAUCUUCUUGAAAAACGAUUUCUGUCUGGUCAGUGUCACGGUAAUUUUUUGUAAAUUUCUUUAUGCACAACCUAAGCGAUACCUGAAUGGGUAAAUAUAGUGACUUUCCGUCCCAAACACCCCAAGUGAAACCAAAUUCUGCAAUUUACACCCCUAAGCAUCCCCGUUACUUUUAUAUGGGAGUAACCCCCUCCCCCACCCCCGUGGUGAAACGACCAAACUCGGGUACAAUAAAUCAAUAAAUUGGGAUUAACCAUUACCCUUCCUUGCUCGACCAAAGGCCUGUUCACAGGCUACUGCGAGCUCAGUUGCUCGAUUAACACCUUGCUGGCGAGAAACAAUCGCAACAAGUGAAAUAUGAAGGUUAUUUGUGUAGGGCUGCAAAAAACCGGCACCAAAUCAAUUUGCACAGCUUUACGGUAUCUUGGAUUCACAGUGUUUGACUGGGAAGAACAAAUAUUCGACUUUCUAGAUCACUGGGUCGAUGUCUUCCAAAAUGGCGCUCAGCCAGAUGUGAAGAGAGUCUACCAUAACGCUGAUGCCGCCUUGGAUAUACCCGCAAAUUUCUUCUGGGAGGAAAUAUUAGAAGCUUUUCCCGACUGUAAAGUGAUUUUGAGCGAAAGAGAAGAGGAUUCCUGGGUAAAAAGUUUUGAAAACCAGCUGGAAAUGUUCGAGAAGAACAAUCAGUUAAUAUCGCGCACACAUCUCUUGCUGUCGAAAACCAGUAGAAAGUUUUACGACGUUGCGUCGCCCUGUUAUCAUGCUUUGUUUGGUUCUUUCCUAAAGCCCAAGCCGACUUGCGUUUUCAAGAAGCGAUAUCGUAUGCACAAUGACCGCGUAAAGUCCAUUGUACCAGCCGAAAGGCUACUGGUGUACAAUGUAAAACAAGGAUGGAAACCGCUGUGUGAUUUCUUGGGCUGCGAGGUUCCAACAUCCGCUUUCCCCCAUGAAAACGUCAAGGGAGAAAUUGCCACAAGCAUGAAAGAAACAGCGAUUGGCCGGCAAGUAAAUUGGGAAGUUCAAAGAACUAUUAUUAUCUUGCUUUCUCUUAUCGUCGUUUUUGCAGCCGCAUGUAUUGUUAUUUGCUUUUCUGGAUGA